AUUGUGUUUGUGGACGUGUUGUGGAGAGAAAAGCAGGAGGAUGCGCUGGGCUCUGCUCCUCAUUGGCUGCCUCUCGGGCUCCUCUAGCAGAUGGGCGGAGGCUCACGGCAAAUGGCUCUUCUGAGGAGAGGAUGGAGGAACAGGGAAAGUAGAGGCGCUUCUACACCGGCAACAGACGACGCGAGCCGCAGGAGAGGACAGCGCACCUCUCGAUCGUGUGUAUGAGCCCGCGGACAAUGACCCAAAAAGAGACAGUUGUUCUGCUGAAGGCUUAAAGAUUCCAGACCCCCAUGGAGCAGGAUGUGGAGACCCCAGCGAUCAUACGACCUUCCAAGUUACCCAAGCAGGCCCGCGAAGACCUGCCCAAGCAACUGGCCGAGAUGGAUCGAGCCAAGAAGAUCCAGCGCUACGUACAGAAGGACGGCAAGUGCAAUGUGCACCAUGGAAACGUGCGUGAGACAUACCGCUACCUGUCAGACAUUUUCACCACCCUGGUGGACCUCAAGUGGAGGUUUAACCUCUUCAUCUUUGUACUGGUCUACACGGUCACCUGGCUGUUCUUCGGUCUGAUGUGGUGGCUCAUUGCGUACCUACGAGGGGACUUGGACCAUGUGGCAGACAAUCAGUGGAUUCCCUGUGUGAACAAUCUCAAUGGCUUUGUGUCUGCCUUCCUCUUCUCCAUCGAAACUGAGACCACCAUUGGCUACGGCUACCGAGUCAUCACUGACAAGUGUCCUGAGGGCAUCGUGCUGCUGCUGGUCCAGUCCGUGCUGGGCUCUAUUGUCAACGCCUUCAUGGUGGGCUGCAUGUUUGUCAAGAUUUCACAGCCAAAGAAACGUGCUGAAACACUAGUGUUUUCCUCCAACGCCGUCAUCUCCAUGAGAGACAGCCGGCUGUGCCUGAUGUUCCGUGUAGGGGAUCUCCGAAACUCACACAUAGUGGAGGCCUCCAUCAGAGCCAAGCUCAUCAAGUCCAAGCAGACCAAGGAGGGCGAGUUUAUCCCACUCAACCAGACAGACAUCAACGUGGGCUACAACACUGGAGAUGACCGCCUCUUUCUUGUCUCUCCACUCAUUAUCUGCCACGAGAUCAACCAGCACAGCCCUUUCUGGGAGAUCUCCCAGGCUCACCUGGCCAAGGAGGAGCUGGAGAUAGUUGUCAUCCUGGAGGGCAUGGUGGAGGCCACAGGGAUGACGUGCCAGGCGCGCAGCUCCUAUGUGAGCAAUGAGAUCAAGUGGGGCUAUCGCUUCACUCCGGUGCUUACUCUGGAGGACGGCUUCUAUGAGGUGGACUACAACAGCUUCCACAACAUCUACGAGACCAACACACCUAGCUGCAGCGCCAAGGAGCUGGCUGAGCUGACAAAUCGUGCACGCCUGCCUCUCACCUGGUCCAUGGCCAGUAAACUGAGCCAGCAGGGCCUGGAGGAGUCCCGGGACCCAGAGGAGAGCUCCCUGGAGCCAUACACUGAUGACAAGAGCCAGACAGAGCGUAAUGGGGACAUCUCCAAAAUGGAGAGUGAGUCCAAGGUGUAGCGAACUUAGGGAUACAAGUCUGCUGCUGACUGCCCCAGCACAACUCUGCCCCCUAUAGGCCUCUGCGGAGAAUGACAGUAGUGUUUGGAGUGCCCUCUAAACACAAAACAAACAUUACUCUAGCCCUUUAAAGUUAUAACACAAAAUUAAAUAUAUUAUCUAAAAGCACAGAUAAGUGUGAGGUGACAACUCCCGUAACUGAAUCCAAAAUGUCAGUCACACUUCAAUACAAACAACUCAAAUGCCUUUUCUCAUUUCUCAAAUGGGGAGAGGGGAAACCUGUGAACUAUUCCCACAUCUGAACCAAUAUCCAAUAUUGUUCUCCAGAGAGAACAAGUUUAGUCUCCCAUCAAUGAGAAAGUUAGUCCUUAUCAAGCUUAUCUCAAUAUCUGGAGAUGGGUCCUCAGAUGCUGUACUGGACGCAGGGAAGGAUGGACAUGUUUCCCUAUUGGGACAAUUACUUUACGCUUAAUGAUUGGGAUGUUUAGUAUUAUUGUGCUCUGUGUGCAGCAACGAGUACUGCUAUCUGUGUACAGGGCUUGCUCCGCUCCACACACACACCUUGGAAAAACCAGCCAGAGGCUCCCCAGGACACAUGGAGGUCCAUGGAUCUGAGGCACACACUGAACUGAGAGAAUGGGGCAGUUGCAUGUUGACAUCUGAUGUCCUCGGAUUGAGAUUAUUUUUGUUAUGGAGAAUUUCAAUGGGCAUUGACAUAGGUAUUUUUGUAUAUAAUGACUGGAUUUUGACUCAUGGUUUGGUUUGUAUAGUGAAUAUUUGACAGUUUGAUACAGAUUACUUUAGGUUAGUUCUGUAAAUCCCUGCCUUACUGUGUAGAAAUCUUGUUUUUCACAAAUAUACACGCAUGUAUUCAAUAACCUGUUUUAGUUUAUGUUCAUAUGUGUAAAUAGUGUUGAUAAGAAUAGUGCCAUAUGAGCAUAUCACCAAUGGAUGCAAAUGCGUGUUCUGUUCUUUUUGAUGCCACAAUGGUAACAGUGUAGUGCAGUCCUCCUGAAGCCAUCCGCUCCCAAACUGACCCUUUAACACUUUUGCACAGCUGGGGCCUUCGCUUCACUUUCCCUCCAGAACACUUCUUUUAUCGGCUACAAUAAACUCAAUGAUUAUGCACCUGCAGCAUCCCUCUCUUCCUUUAGUGUACUGCUGUAGCCCUGACGACCAGCAGAGGGCGCCACACCUCAGUGGAUUUGGUUCCUGGAAAACAGCACUUGGAAAUAGCAGUUUUGCAUUCGAACUUGUCACAACAAAAGCUGCCUCACAUCAAAAGCAGAACACCAAGGCAGUCAGAACUAGGCCUGUCACCAUAAUUACUAGAUCGCCUUACCAUUCAAUAUAUAAAAUUUACAAUAUAUUUUGAGGCUCUAUCGUUAUUGUGUACAUUUUAUUUGAAAAGUAUGGAGAUUGUUGCCACUUUUUAUGUAUGAAGGUCAGAUUUGAGCUGCAGAGGGCAGAAUAUAUAACUUUUAUUGCUGAGUAUUAGUUAAUUCCAAUAUUCAUUUGUUGCAGCUCAUGCCUUCUAAUGAUGAAGUGUAUUUAAAAAUUGUUUUACUGGGAUUAUCCUGCUUGUGUCAGUGGCAUAAAGUAGUUUCAGUAUUAUCAUUUAUUGCAAUAUUUCUGUGUAGCAACUUUUCGUCCUUUGAAAAUAUGUAAUUGUGACAGGACUAGUCUGAACUCUGAAGAACUACUAUAGGGAACAUGUCACCCAAUGCCAUGGAAUUAAAAAGGUUCAUUCUAAAAUAUUAAUGUACACUUAUUUAAAAUUAUUUUGCAAAUACAAUUAAAAGAUGCCAAAAGAA